UACAUCUCUUUUCCUUCAAUGUAGAAGUAUUUGGUUCGUUGUGAAGCCUUUGAAAAUACACGGGAGCCUUUUUUUUUUGGUCGGGGUUCGGAGAGACAAAGGUGGUAUUUGUUUCGCGGUUUGGAUGAUGACCCUGGACGCAGACUCGGCGUCGGAUCCCACGGCGGAGCCCGACAUUGAUGUGGUCGGAGACGGCAGCAGGGAAGCGAGGAGACCCCAGCUCUGCCCACCUUUGGUGGAGGGAGCAGCCAGCGGCUUCCAGGGGGAGCGGGGCGCUGGGGUUGGGUCUCAAAAAUGCCCGGGCGGCGAGAGAGACUUAGAGCUGCCAGCGGCUACCUCCAGCAGCCCCGCCGCGGUCAAGAGCAGCGCCCUGGUGAAGCCGCCUUACUCGUACAUCGCCUUGAUCACCAUGGCCAUCCUGCAGAGCCCCAAGAAGCGGCUCACCCUGAGCGAGAUCUGCGACUUCAUCAGCAGCCGCUUCGCCUACUACAAGGAGAAGUUCCCGGCGUGGCAGAACUCCAUCCGGCACAACCUGUCCCUGAACGACUGCUUCGUCAAAAUGCCCAGGGAGCCCGGCAACCCGGGAAAGGGCAACUACUGGACCCUGGACCCCAACUCCUCGGACAUGUUCGAGAACGGCAGCUUUCUGCGGCGCCGGAAGCGCUUCAAGCGGCAGCACUUCAGGUUCGGCUUGCUGAAGGAGCAGCGCGACGCGGGCUCGCUGCCCAGCUUCACCUACGGGACGUACGGGCUCGGGGCCGCCUGCCUCCAGCUGCCGAGCUUGGACCUGUACCCCGUGGGAUUCCACCCGCCUGCGCCCUGCGGGGCCGGCGGCCUCCCCCCGGCCGGCAGCAUCCUCCCCGCGCUCUCCACCCUGUUCUCCAGGACGUCCGCCGCGGCGGGGGGCAAGGCCUUUCUCUCCCCUGCCCAGGCCCUCAAACCGGACUCCUCGCUCGGGGUGCCCCCGUUCCCCUUCGAGACCCUGACGGGCGGGGUGACCGCCCACUGCCCCGCUCUCUCCUCCGCGCUGGUGGGCGACACCCAGGGUCCCGCGUUCCUUUCCAGCGCGGUGCUCCACCACCCCUCGGCCUCCCCGCAUCUUUUCAGCCUCCAGCACGAGUACCAGAAACUGCACCCGCUACACAGCGGCGGCCCCCUGACCAAUAAACGCCUGCAGCAGCUGAGCGAAGCGCACAACUGCUAAUUUCUGACAAUAACUGUUUAAAAAAAAAACUCAGGUAAAAGCGUAUCGGAAACAAUUGGUUCGUUUUUUUGUUUGUUUGUUUUCCUUGGAGACUGGUAUCGGUUUCGAAAACGGUGUUCGCUUUAUUAUACCGAUUUAAUUCUACGCCUCUUUUUCAUUAUUCUGAAAAGAUUUUCAGCCGCCUUCCAGGUGUCUGUUUAUUGGGCAAGUUAUUUCUCUCGCCUUCAUGACUUGUAAAGCUCCUGCUUAUGCUAAACUUUCAACGCUAAAUAAUAAAGUUUUACAUUUGAAAAGAGGAUUUUAAAUGCGGUCUCACGGCAUUAAAUAUCUCUUCCAAACGU